UUACAGCACAUUUGGAUUCACAGCUCAAGAAUGUGUUAAUUCGCUGUUGUUUAAUGUGAGAAAAAAUAAUGUAUAAACACUUUAGAAAGUAUGUUAUAUUCUCAUUAGAAAUAUUUUUAAUAUUUCAAAAAGGAAAUGUGUCUGUACAACAUGUUUUGAUAGAGAACCUACCAAUAAAUCAGUAGUAGCGACAAGAGUAAAGGAAACAUCUGUAAAACUAUGCUUGAUUUGCAAUUUGCUUCUCUUUCCUAAUGUUUGUAGAUGUAACUUUGGGUUAAAUUUUGAGCUAGUAAUCAAGAUAUAAAUAUUUGUUAAAUUAUUCAUCAGGUCAUUGAACAAAGAUGAAUUAUUACAAUUAUCGAAUCCAGUUUCUUUAAAAUUCAUCCAUCAUGAAUGCCUUUUCUUUAAAUGCUAUGAAGAUGCCAUGAAGAACAUGUUCUUCUUGCUACAGUUUCUUCAUUCUGUUUUAAAACAAGUGCUAAAGCAAACCACUGCUAUUAGCUUCAGCUCUGAGAAACUGUGAUAUUUAGUUCUCAGUUAUUAAAUGUUUUGUGAAAGUAUUUUUUUUUAAAGGGUUUCUAGUGAAAUUAAUAUUCCUAAAUUUGCAACUGUGUCAAUUUUAUUUUAACAUGUAUGUCUCUCCUUUUUUCAGUUGAUUUAUUUGUCAUGUUCAAAACUGUCAAUGACUUGGGCGGCUACCACCAGGUGACUGCUCAGCAAUUGUGGAAACAGGUUUACAAUACACUUGGUGGAAACCCUCGAAGUACAAGCGCAGCCACCUGCACCCGCAGACACUACGAGAAGCUGCUGCUGCCCUAUGAAUGCCACGUGAAAGGCAUUUCCAUCAGGUCCAUGAUGCCUCAUCAUCAGCUAAAGCCAUUCCACUUUGUUGCCGGCUACAGUAAAGAAGAAGACGACGGUGUCCAGAGACCAGCGAAACGCAGGCUGGUAUCCAUACCAGUGUAUCAGCAGAACCCUCAUAACCUCCAGACAGACCAACACGGAAAUCUCUUCCCUCUGUCUGUCCACUACCCUCCCUACUAUCAGUCAAGCCCCACAGUUCUGCCUCCCUACAUCCCUAUGCCCCCCUCAAUAUUGGCCACACAACACCCCCCUGCUCCCAAGCCCCAAUUCCCUUACAGUCAACCUUGUGUAAACUCAACAGAGAGGGUGAAGGAACCAUUAGAGCACUUGCGUUACCUGGCUGAGCGGUACAAGACCUCAUCCGGACUGGCUGAGCCCCUGAACCUCAGCGUUAAAUCAUCAGCCCGGGACAUCAGCAACAACCCUGUUUCAUCAUUUGCUCCACCUUCAGCCAGCAAGAACCCAAAGUUUUUGAACAAACCAUCCACACUAUAUGCCCAUCAUCAUACUGGGGCUCUGACAAAUGAAGGCUCUGAGACACAAGAUGGGGAGUCAAGUGAUGGAGUUGCACCCUCUCCUUAUACCAUGAAAGCACAGGAGGAACAAGUUAUUGAUGUCGAUAUUACGGCACCCUCAAGCAGCCCCAUAUAUGACUCUGCUCUGCCACUGGGAACAGAGGCUGCCGCAGUGGCACAAAAACCCUGUUCUCCAAACACAGACCUUGCAGUCACGCCAAAAGAAGAGACAAAAGUGAUUCCAGAAGUGAUGGGGCCCAAUCUUAGCCAAAUACUGUCCAGUCUCCCUCAAGAGAAGGAUGGCAAAAUGGAAAUUGAGUUACCCCUGUCAAUGUUUCAUAAAUUGCUCAAGAUGUGCAAGUCCUCAGCAAUGAUGCAUGAAAGUAAGGUUCCUCAGCCUACUCAGGAAGGACACCCUGCAGAAAGGAAUUGGCCUAACGCAAACACUUUCCCUACCAAACUGACAUUUCACACAAAUCCCCAAUGCCAGAGUUCUGCUGACGAUCUAACAUUCAGAAAUGUGCCAGACCUCAGUCACAACAAUAAAAUCCAAAACCAAUUCAUGAGUUACAAGCCUUUGCCUUCAGGUGCCAUUUUGAAAAAUGCAGUAUACCAGGAUGUCUUGUCAGAAGAUCAGCAGGAUAUUAAUAAGUCAUACAACUCCAAGUCACCCAAUUUCUGGGGUGCCCAUAAGAGAGAGACCCAGUCAUCCAUUGAAGUGGAGAGCGACCCUAGUCCCCCCAGGACUCACCAAGACUUUUCUUAUAAAUUCUACGCAGGUGUCCAGGGAGGGAAGCAGCAGGCGGAGACGGAGCCUUCAGCUAUGCUCAUGGUCAAUUCUAGCUCUGCUCCUCUCUUUCAGCUCACCACUGAAGAAGUCAUGAAGCUGAAAAAAAUCAUCUCAAACUCAUUGUAGAGACCAGUUAAGACAAUACCACAAACACACCAACACCAUGUUAAAGCUGGCUCAUGCUCAUAUUAUAGCUCUAUAUUUUGAAUAUACUUCAGGUUAAUUUCCAAUCAAUUUGUAUCAGCUGAACACAAAAAAGGAAUACAAGCAACCAUUCAAAUCUGCUUGAUUUAAAGAUAAUCUGCGCUUUUUUUGUGUUCUGCACUGAAAUGUUGAUUGCAUUUAACACUUCAGUCUCAUUGUUGUGCAAUCUUGUUUAAAGCACAUGAAGUAGAUUAUUUUUUCUAUUUGUUAAUAGUGGGUUUUUUUACACCAGUUUUACACCAUAUUGUGAAAUUAAUCUGUUGAAACAAUAAAUUCUUUUUGUAAACCUUUCCCAUCUGGAGACAGUUUUAUUUUUGAAAGAUGUGUAAGCUAUAACUGCAACGCUCUACACAUUUACAUGUAGUGAACACUAUUUUAUCCUUUCAUUUUGUGAAUCAUUUCUCUUAAUCCUCUUUUUUCACUUGUUUUUAAAGCAUAUCUGAACUUCACUAUCCAAAUGUGACAUUUACUUGUCCCUUUUAUUUAACAUUUUCAUAGUUGCAGUAGAAUAAAAGACGUGUUUUCACUUUAGUGAAAAGAAGAUACGUCAGUUGUCCUUUAGUGAGCAUUGUUUUUAUUUGUCAUGCCUGAAUGAUACAUAGGCAGCUCAGUAUCUCUUUUAAUUUUUAUUUAUGUAAUUACUACUCUUUGAUUGAAAGCGUGGAAUUUUAAGGUUUGACAACUACAUUGAGAAAGAAGCGACACUCCCACUGCAGUAAACUUAGACGUUAAUUUAUUACGUGCAAAUUGCUAAUUAACAUCACAAAAGUGCUGCGAAAUCUAUUAUGAUUAAAUUUUAUUUUAUUUUAUUAUUUUUUUUGAAUAGUGCUUAACAGUGGGAACAAUACUGAGUAGAUCAAAGUUGAUCCUAAUGUUUCCUGGGUUUGUUUUGUUUUUUUCUUUUUAUUUCCCCUAAAUGCAUUUUUGACAUUUCAAAAUGCUUG